AUGGAUAACUUGACAAAUAUUUCAAUUACUUCGAGCGAAUUGAAAGACGGGUAUGGGUAUGAUUUACCGGUGUACGGUCUGGAUAAUGGACUAUUUUAUUAUCUGCAUGUUCCAGCAUUGCUUUGUAUCCUUUGUAGCUUUACUUGUGCAUGCACUGUAAUCAUCUUGUCAUUCCGACAUAAGGAUUACAGAAAAUUCUUUUUCUGGACAAAGAGUGAACGGUUUGCCGUAUAUUUGGCGAUUUGUGACGGCGGGUUCAACACAUUUCAUAGCAUGGAUCACAUGCAGUAUGUAAUAACAAAAGAUCACGUCAGACCUAUUGAACUCUGCCAGUUUUAUGGCUUUAUGCUGGCAGAAUUUGUUGCUGCUCAGAUUUUGAUGGUGAAUGUUAUCGCUAUAAAUGCGUUUAUUCUGAUGGUUUUUAAGAAGAAAAUAAAUUUUGGGAAAUAUGACUGGAGACUUUUGGUUUGGACUUUCGGACUUCCCUUUGUAGGUUCCACUGCAGUUGCUGUAACAGGGCAACUCGGACCAAACAGAAUAUCUUGUUACUUUGAUGGUGUGAAAGCUGAAAUUGCAAGCAUUGCAUUCACCACGGUACCACUUCUACUUGUGCUUGUAGUCAAUAUUGUUCUCUAUGGAAUCACAUUGCACCGAAUAAAGAUUGAAACUAUAUCCCUUCAACUAGGAUUACAGAGAAGGCAUGCCUGUGACAAAUCAAAACGUGCUGCGACACACAUGUCUAUGUUCGUGUGUGCCUUCUUUAUUCAAUGGGGACCGUUGGCUUUAACAUUAGCCUGGACUCUUAUAAGUAACGAAAGACCGUUUGUAUUUUAUCAUAUUGUUACAGUGUUUUCUAACAUUGGCGGAUGUUUCAAUUUGUGCAUUUAUCUCAUCAUUAGGCACACAAAUAAUCAGAAUAGACAUAAGUCUAACGAACACUCACAAAUGGACUCAAAUGAAAUAAAUGCAAUUACCCAUGCUGCAGCUUUACACCCUAAUCCUAGGAAAACGUCAAUUUGUUGA